UAGUCAUUGCUAGCAUUGUCGUCCAGUGUGAAGCAGCUUUUUAAGUGCGCAUAUUUUUUAAUUUUUAAUUCUGCAAAAAUGUCUAAAGAAUCUCCCCCGAAGCCGAAAACCUUAUUUAUCGAAAGGUGUAUAAAGGGCCAACCAUAUGUCUCGCGCUAUGGCCAAGAAGUUGAGGUAACGUACAAGAAGGGACAUGCCGUUGACACUCCUGAAGAAAACUUCGAGUCAGAGAUUCUUUCGGGAAGCAAUCGUUGCAGCAAGUGCCUUCUACCCACAUAUAUGUGCUGUAACUUUGCGAAGAAAGUCAAGAAGGAAAGGUUUGAGGCCGCCAAGCCGAAGCCAAAGGAUGUGAAUGCUCAGACAGAUGUGGAGAAGAAAGAAGGAGAGCUUCAGGAAGAGAAAAACCUUAAGGGGGGAGAAGUAGAGCUAGAAGGAAAAGGAGUAGAAGCAAGGGAAAAAGCAAAGGGAGGAGAAACAGAGGGGGAAUUACAUGACGAAACAAUGAAGGAAUCAAGGGAGGAAGCAAAGGAGGAGGCAACGAAGGAAGCAAAGGAGGAGCCAAAAAGAAGAAGCAAAAGAAGCAAAGGGGGCAAAGAAGAAUGCACAGAAGAAUUCAAAGAAGCAUGCAAAGAAGGAUGCAAAGGGUUAAUGAGAAGCAAAGAAAGAAGCAGAGAACGACGCAAAGGAAGAAACGGAGAAUAAAUGUUAGAAUCUAAUAACAUAUAUUUUUCUGUUCUAAUCAAACUAAAUUAAAAUAAACAAGCAAGAAAGCUACAGUCGAGUGUACUCGACUGUGAGAUACCCGCUACCCAUUUUUAGUA